AUGGCAGGCCGCGCUAGCCAAAGUCAGGCUUGGAAGUACUCAAAAAUAAGGUUAUGUCGCUGUUAAAAAUUUAAACUUGAUUUGUUCUCGUUAAUAUGGGGUCGGCGUGCGAAUUAUCGCAAUCGGCUGAGUAUUUAAGUUUCCGCAGCAGCGUGCCUUUAAGACAAAUCGUCGUUGACAGUGACGAUGCGAAGGGAUGGCGGGUGUACGAUUGCGGUCCCCGUCACGUGCGGUGUCCGUUGGUGUGUCUUCCGCCGGUGUCGGGCACCGGCGAUGUAUUUUUCAGGCAAGCUUUGGCCUUGUCGGCCCGCGGUGUACGCAUCAUCUUAGCCGAAGCGCCUCCCUAUUGGACAAGUCGGGAAUGGUGCGACGGUUUUCGACGUUUACUCGAUUACUUAGAUGUGGACAAGGUCCACAUUUUCGGGGCUUCCCUCGGCGGUUAUCUCGCGCAGAAGUUCGCGGAGCACACUUUUUCCUGCCCCCGCGUCGCGUCUUUGGUAUUGUGUAACACUUUUACGGACACGGCGGUGUUUAGGGGGCACGAAACCGCCGCCCUGUACUGGAUGUUGCCUUCCUUGGUUUUGAAGAAGAUGCUGAUGUCCAAUUUCGAACCGACCCCCUCGAAGGAUGCUGAUAUGAUAUCCGCGAUUGAUUUCAUGGUGGAGCGGCUCGACACUUUAUCGCAGAGCGAGCUGGCUAGUCGGUUGACGUUAAAUUGCGUUAGAGGUUACGUGGAAGCCCAUAAACUCGCGGAUAUACCCAUCACAAUCGUGGAUGUGUUUGACGAAUCUGCCUUGAGUUCUACUGUGAGGGAGGAAUUGUACAAGUGUUAUCCACACGCGAAAUUGGCUCACUUAAAAUCGGGCGGGAAUUUUCCAUUCCUUAGUCGCAGCUCCGAGGUCAAUUUGCACCUACUCAUACACUUGAGGCAAUUUGACGGAAGCAGCUGCUCGGCAUCCGACCAUCUACUCACAAGUCGCUCGAUGUCCUAAUCCGGUGCGGAACCCUAUUUUUAUACUCGACGAGUAACCACCUUGAAGUGAGGUUAGGUUAGCAACCCUAUGACGCUGCGCGACUACGAUAAAUUCGAAUAAUUUUAUUUUUUUUGCCCUGUUAGGCCUAUAUCCUACCCCAUAUAUUAUGUGAUAUUAUAUUCUUAUAGUGAU